AUGGUACUUCAAUUUUAUCUGUCCCUUGAAGAACUGAUAUGGGAUUCUCUUGUGAAUUCUUUAUCUUCGUACAUGUUCAUAUUUGAUUUGCUGUUCUCUUCUCCUUUCUAUUUAACUGUUGCUGUAUGUACUCCAAAUACCUUGAUGGUACUUUUUCCAUUAAAGGAUCGAGCUUGUGAGAUAUACAAGAGGUUGGAAGAUCAAAAGCCUAACACAACAAGAAAUCAGGUUGCUUUAUUGGCCGCUUGCCUUUACAUAGCUUGUCGAAAUGAAGGCAAGCCGCGCACUGUAAAGGAAAUUUGCUGUGUGGCAAAUGGAGCCACAAAGAAGGAAAUUGGCCGGGCAAUGGAGUUUAUUGUGAAACAACUAAAGAUGGAAAUGGGUGAAUCAAUGGCUAUGGGAACCAUAGAUGCGGGAGACUAUCUGAGGCGCUUCUGUUCCAAUCUUGGCAUGAGCCAUGAAGAUCUAAAAUGUGUCCAAGAAACUGUCCAGAAAGUGCAACAAAUUGAUAUAAGAAGGAGCCCUAUAUCCAUUGCAGCUGCAAUUAUUUACAUGAUCACUCGACUGUCAAGUAAAAACAAGCCUCUGCUGCAAGAUAUUGCAAAUGCUACUACAGUUGCAGAAUCAACGAUCAGGAACGCAUAUGGAGAUAUUUAUCCCCAUGCUGCAAAGAUAAUACCAGACUGGUAUGCAAAGGAAAAGGACCUCGAGCAACUUGCUAGCCCAAAACCUUCUUCACAAAAAUGA